AGCCACUCGUAGCUGAGUUUGUGAGCGCGCAGUUGGUGCAGCUGAAGCUGAAGUUUGGAGGCAUCAUCGGAGAGGAGGAAGCAGGAACCUAGGAUGGCUUUUGCAAGCUGGUGGUAUGCGACGCGUGGGCCUAAAAAUGCAAGUGGAUCAUCGGGAGAUAAAAAAGGAGCAGAAGCAGUGGAGAAGAAACCUGAAAGUGCUAGCCUUGCCGAAUCUCCUAAAACACAAACAAGUGGGACAUCUUCCAUCAGUAAGGCUCAGUCUUCUUCCACGGUUUCCUCAAAAACACCCACUAUGAAGCCUUCUGAAACAAAGGCUUCUUCAAGCCAGCAAAAGGCCAGUGGAGUGGAAUCCCACAAAAGAAAACGAAACAAGAAGCAGGCAGCCCAAAAAGCCAAAGCAGAAGCUGAAAAAGCAGCACAGUUAGCCAAGCCGGAUGAUUCUCAGUCUAAACGUUCAUCAGAAGAGAAGCAAAAAGAGCCUGGAGGGGCAAAAAGCCAAAGCAAACCUUCUGUAGUGGAACCUAAGCAACCAAGUACUGGAAAAGUACCCUCUGGUCAGAUUGACAAGACAACAACACAGCUGACAUCCAAAGAAGAACCAAAGGCUAAACCUGAUGAUAAGUCAUUGCCCCCCAAGGCAGCUGUUGCAGCUGCUGGCACAGCUGGAGCAGUAGCAGCUGGAGGCUUGACUGUUGCAGCUGCAGAGACUAAAGAAGGCAAAUUGCCAGCCCCAGCCCCAGCUGCUGCAGAAAGUAAAGCAGCUGAAAAGUCUGACAUAGAUGCUGCCUUAGAUGAUUUAAUUAAUACCCUUGGAGGUCCUGAAGAAAACGAGCCACCUACUCCUGAAUAUACUGGACCAGCAGUUUCGGACCCAAUGUCUUCCUUAUAUAUAGAAGAGCUGGGUAAACGGGAGAGCACAAUUCCUCCAGAGUACAGAAAACUCCUAGAGGGUAAAGGAGAUGGCAAAGCAGUUCCCCUGCCAGUGGCGGUAGGAGAAUCUCAGCCAACAAUGACAGAUGAUGACCUUGCAGAUGCUCUGUCAUCUGAUUUUACUUGCAGUGCUGUAACAUCUGCUGGAGAGAAGAAAGACAUGCCACAAGAGAAGCCUUCAGAAGAAGGUGAACUCCUACAAGCACAGUCUGCAAGUUUGAUCAGCAGUUCAGCUCCUCCUAAAGAGAAGAAAGCCAGAAUGGAAGAGGCAGCCCUUAGUGACAGCGCCUUGGACGCUCUUGUGGAUACACUUGGCAUGCCAGAACCGGAACCGGAAGUAGACCUUAGCUCCAUUGUGGAAGUGGAAGAGCCAAAGGCCAAAGAAAGGAAGGAGAAGAAACCUGGUGAACGCGACGAUACAAUCCCUCCAGAGUACAGAUUAAAACCAGCCUUGGAUAAAGAUGGGAAGCCCUUGCUGCCAAAGCCUGAAGAAAAACCAAAGCCUCUUAGCGAUUCUGACCUAGCUGAUGAAUUUUCAAAAGAUUUUGCCUGUCCCACUCCUCCCGCAGAAAUAUCCAAACCAUCUACACCUGCCGAUGUGCCUAAGAAGCCAAAAGCUGCUGAACCCCCCAAAACUCCCAAAGAAAAUGUGGCCGCAUCACCUGCAGUUCCUUCAGUGCAACCUUCAGCUCCAUCAGGAGUUUCUACAAAGCCCUCAGCAGCUGAAUCCAAAAAGAUUUCUACAGAAGAAGUGGUGUCCGCUGCUGCUGCUCCUUCUGUGGCAUCUUCAGCUCCCUCAGUAGCUUCUCCAACUUCACAGGUACCUGAUGAAGCCCUGGAAGCCUUAUCUGGAAGUCUAGGAAAAGUGGAGCCUCACCCAGAAGAAAAGAAGCCUGCUGUGGAUAAAGUGAAGGAGAAAGCAAAACAAGAGGAACGUGAGAAACUUGGAGAAGAUGAAGAAACCAUUCCUCCUGAUUAUAGAUUAACUGAAGCAAAGGAUAAAGAUGGGAAGCCACUUUUACCAAAACCUCAAGAAAAACCUCAGCCCUUGAGUGAAAGCGAACUUGUUGAUGCUCUGUCAGAAGGGUUUUCUUGUUCUUCAGCACCAACGUCAAAGGCUGCCCCAGCAGCUGCACCUCAAAAACCUACAGGUGCUGGCAAACCUGCUGUUGCACCUACUGAAGAAGUUAUCUCUUCUGCUUCUGCUUCUGCAGUCCAUUCAUCAGCUCCUCCGCCACCAGCACCUACCCCAGGUAGGAAAGAACUUGAUGAUGCUGCAGAUCUUCUUGCAGAUUCAUUGGGGCAAAGAGAACAUGACCCGGAUGAAAACAAACCACUUGUUGAUAAAAUAAAGGAAAAGGCUAAAUCUGAGCAUAGAGACAAACUUGGAGAGAAAGAUGAUACAAUCCCUCCUGAUUAUAGGCAUAUUCUUGACUCGGAUGAGAAGGGGAAGCCAACAGGCAAGGAUGCUGAGAAACCCAAGGAACAAAAGAAGCCAGCUGAUGACUCGGCAGCUAUUGAUGCCCUUUCAGGGGACUUUGAUAAUUGUGGGAAACCUGUUUCUCAGCCUUCAACAAAGGAUGAAAAAACAAAAGAUGCUGCCACAUCAAAACCAGGUAGAAAAGAUGAAAAGAAAUCCAAAUCCAGAAAGGCAAAGGAGCAGUCUUCCAGCGCAAAAUCUGAGAAACAGAAAAAGAGUUAAAUGUUACCAGGCUUUUCAUCACUAAUGCAAAAAAGUCUUCGUUUUGCUAGUGGAUAGCUGCACUUGAACAAAAAAAAGAAAAGAAGCUAUUUUGCAGAAGCAAGAUAGUCUCCCGGGUGAUUUUUGUAUCAUGGUAUUUGGAUAUAAUGGCAUGGGAGGCAUGCAUCUUACUAUUUUCAAGGAUGACCUUUUUCAUUUAUUUUACUGUCUCUUAUUUUGUAAUUUUCUUCAGUUAUGAGAUGGAAAGGAUGCUUUAUAUUUGUAAGAAAAGUAUUUCUAUGGAUUUAAUAGCAAUGCAAAAAGAAAAAAGUCUGCAAAGUUUGCACAUAAUCUACACACAGUGCCUGCAAAUCUCAGCAGAGUUCAGAAAAGCUGUGGUUUGGUUUUUUAGUAUAAUGAAUGCUCUAAAUAUUCUGGAAUAUAAUGCGUUUUGGCUAUCAACUGCCUGCGGGUAUUCAUUUUGAAGAAUAGUUAGUGAGAAGUGAGUAAUCAGUUGCUAAGAUUUAAAUGUGGGAGAAGACUAGAAGCGAUUGUUUCUCAAUCCUUGGCUUCUAAUAACAUAGUAUUCAAUAUGAACAGUGCCGCUAGUAUUUUCAUUUGAAACCUUGAGUUCUGUUUGUCACCGCCUUUGUAUAAUUCUGCUGCCUCUGUCAGUGGCUUGCAGAAAGGGCGUAAUAUUGCAUCUGAAUUGCUAUUGGAUAGGGGUACUCCAGAAAGGAUGCACAUAGGACUCCAAUAUGCUCCUAUAAGUUACACUGGUAGAGCCCCCUAACCCGCAGAUUACACAGCUUGUUUCUGGUGUAUAAAUUCACAUCACAGCUGAAUACAGAGGUGCUUUGUGAACUAAUUUGGAUGCAAUGCUUGCUCAACUUCCAUGUUUUAUCCCCACCCCCCACUUUUUGGUAUUCCUUGCAGUGAGAGAAAACCUAUGGCUCCAACAGCAGAUUCUGAUAUGCUUUGCAUUAUGAGUAGCAAAAUUUUCUAUUGACUUUUGGAGUAAGAUGCUACUCCUGGUUUGGGUCAAGUCUGCUUCCAGGUAGCUAGUGCUCUAGACUACCAUGGUCAAAUAUAUAGGCCACGGCCUGCGAGGAAUAUCAUCUGUGCAAGCCCCUUUGAACUACACAGGAGCAUGGCCACUUUCUGCCAUUGCUCUUACUUACUUCAAAAGCAGCAAGUGCAGAUGUUCCUCUGGGGACAUCAGAAUUUUGACUGUCCUUGACAAUCUGUAAUGUUAAUACUGGACUGUUUUUGAAAGUCUGUAUUAAGAUUGGCUGUCACACUAAUAAAGUUUUAGAAUGUAUUACCUUGU